UUAAUAGAUUUACCCCUAUUGUCACCCUUAUUAAAAAACAAAAUAGAGAACCUGUUGAAAUUGGUGGCAUUAAGUUCCCGGCUAAUACAAUAUUUUUCUCAAGUAGCUUACUUCUUCACAGGCAUAAAUCCCAGUGGUCUAAUACCGAAGAAUUUGAUCCGGAUCGAUUUUUAAAGUCAAGUCCAGAGAGUAAAAAUCCUUUUUACAUGUUUGGUCCCGGAAGAAAUCUGGCAUUGUUAGAACUCAAGGCUACAUUACUUUUACUGUAUUCAAAAUAUGAUGUAGAGCUUGUGGACAUGAAUGCACCCAUAAAGUAUCGCGAAACAAUCCUGAGGACGUGUACCGAAUUAAAAGUAAGAAUUAAAAAACGACGAGAUUUGAAUUAA